UUGACGACGAUAUUUAGUCAUAAUUUUCGUCGACGAAAGCAACACUAGUCUCUACUAAUUCUACGCCCUUGUGGGCAUUAUUCCUCUCAAAAUUGCAAGAAAAAAAGUUCGAACUGUGAGAGAAAAACUUUAUUAAAACCUUUUUUUUUUUGUUCUGUGGUGGAAACGGGCUUCCAUAUGCAUCUACCAAGAGUAAAAAGAAACCAGGUUAAAAUAAUAAUUCAUUUCUGAUCAUAUCAGGCAGAAGAUGUCUGUGAAAUCCGUCUAUCAGUAUCCAGACGCUCAAACCGGAGAUGAGGACGCUUUUGCUCGAGAACCGUUCGUCGUGUGGUUUUCGUCUCCAAAAACGGAAGUCACGGAUUUGGUCAUCAUUCCCAUUCACACGGCUCCAGAAGCGGCUGUGAAAGAAAUCGAUGAACUCUUCGACGUUUAUCAGAACGUCUCACAAAUGUGGCCGUCAGACGCUCUGGCAGUGAGUGAUCAUUUCCCGCUCUGCAUCACUGUAAAUCAAGCGCAGAGGAAAGGAUAACAACCUUCUCCAUUUACACUUUUACUGCUCGCCUGCUUCAUUAGUCCUACAGAUGAGAAUGAGAAACAGCUUAUAAGAAAAUGAACGAGUUCUAACAAAAUCUUUGAUGCAGAAAGCGAGUGUUCAGUGCUUUACUUUUUUACUGUGUUUUUGUAAAGAAGAGCAGAAAUGUUUGAUUGAAUGAUAAUGACAAGCUUCCAGUGCUUGUUAAUUAUGAACCAGCGGUCUGUAGUGUUGGUUUACCGGUUGCUGUGAGACAGUAGAGUUAGUUUGCAAGACUGUUGCCACUGUAACCCAUCUACAUUUCUCCAUUAAUUAACUCUGUACAUCACAACACCUGUAUAAGUGCUUCAUAUUGACAUUUGCAUGCAUGCUUAUAUGAUUUAUUUCAUUUUAAUAAAAGAUUUACUC